GGGCCGGGCCGCGCAUGGCGGAGGGCGCGGCGCUGCGGGCCGUGAGGGGCUGCCUGGCCGCCUUCCCGCGGGAGGCCCGCGAGCUGGGCUGGCCGGAGUCCGUGCCCUAUCUUGAUAGGCCUCCAUCCCCGCUGGAGUUCUAUCGAGAGUGGGUGAGUCCAAAUAAACCCUGUGUAAUCCGCAACGCCAUCAGCCACUGGCCGGCUCUGAAGAAAUGGACCUCAGCAUACCUCAGGGAGGUGGUAGGUCCCAAGGUGGUGAGUGUGGCAGUGACACCAAAUGGUUAUGCAGAUGCAGUGUUUCAGGAUCGUUUUGUCAUGCCAGAGGAGCGCCAAAUGCCUUUCAUGGACUUUUUGGACAUUGUGGAGAAGAAGGUGACCUCUCCCAACGUAUUCUAUGUGCAGAAGCAGUGUUCAAACCUCACUGAGGAGUUCCCUGAACUUGUCUGUGAUGUGCAGCCUGACAUACCAUGGAUGAGCGAGGCACUGGGGAAGAAGCCUGAUGCUGUGAAUUUCUGGCUUGGGGAGUCAGCUGCUGUGACAUCUUUACAUAAAGAUCAUUAUGAGAACUUGUACUGUGUAGUAUCUGGAGAGAAAUAUUUUCUGCUGCAUCCACCAAGUGACCGUCCCUUCAUCCCAUAUGAGCUAUAUCAGCCAGCAACCUACCAUGUAUCAGAAGAUGGUUCAUUUGAAAUUGUGGAUGAGAAGACUGCAGAGAAGGUACCCUGGAUCCCUCUGGACCCCUUGAACCCUGAUCUGGAACUGUAUCCAGAGUAUGCUCAGGCAAAGCCCUUGCAGUGUACAGUGAAAGCUGGUGAGAUGUUAUAUCUGCCUUCUCUCUGGUUCCAUCAUGUUCAGCAAUCACAUGGCUGUAUUGCAGUGAAUUAUUGGUAUGACAUGGAAUAUGACAUUAAGUAUAGCUAUUAUCAACUACUAGAUUGUCUCACAAAAGCUGUGAAAAUGCGAUAGCAAAGGCGAGAGACUCGAGCCUGUGAUGUCUGUUUCUGAUGUGAUGCAAUCAUUAGCAUCUGUGACUGAAGUACAAAUGUGACUCCCCCAAAAAGAACUGAACAUUAAAUAAUGGUCAACAAUGCCUGCUGAACACAUCAUGCCUAUUUUUCUUGAUUUCAGAGUCCAGACCAAUUGGCCAGUUUUUUUGGCUUGUAAGUACAACUUUGAUAAUAGGAAUUUUAGGCCUUUGCAUGUUGCCUUGGUGAUGGUGAGCAAAGUAAAAUGUGAAGGGAGACAAUCCAGGUUUUGAAAAUCCCAAAAUGGAAGCCCUGACUGUUUUUUCAGAUCUACAGAUUGUUUUCAUUACAACCCAAGUGGACAAGGAAGGAUCUGCUCUAUGCAUCAGGCUGCAUCAGUCCAAUGUAUGCAUUCUGCUUAAGGCAAAAGUUUGUCCUGUUGUAAUUCUUUAAGUUCAGUGGCUAUGGUGUUUUGAUGGUGAGAAACUACAGUUUCUGCAAUAAAUAGGUCAGUUUAAAGCUUAUUUCUGUACUGAUUUACCUUUUUUUCCAAAGUAAACAAUGGCUGAAGGAGGACAUGCAAAAGUCAAUGUUGGAUAUUUUCCAAUAAAAAGCUAGAUGUUUUUA